ACGGAAAAGUCAGAUUGAGCAUCCACACAACAAUACAAGAAGGAAAAAUGAAGAGUCAAUCAGAGUUGUUAACCCCAGAAUUAUAGAGGAAUCGUCAAAUUCGUAGGCUGGGAAUUGGGAUUGCAAUGUUUUUCGAGAAAAGUAAUAUAUUCUCUCGUGUACUCAUUCAUAUCUAGCCUUAUUAUCAUUGCAUUUUUUCAUCUACGAUUUUCAUAUUAGAGAGGGAUGGGUACCGAUACGACUCCGCCUCGGCUAUUCUUUCUUCUGGUUCUAUUCCUGUCUCAUUGCAUAGCAUGCUUCUCCGAUGCAGGUGAUACUGAUACCAUUUCGGUAGGUCAGUCACUGAAAGUGGGCGAGAGCAGAUUAUCUAAAGGUGGCAAAUUUGAAAUCGGAUUUUUCACAGGCCCUCCUUCAAAAAUCUUUCUGGGCUCAUGUCAUAAGAAUUUUGAUGUCAAGGACAUUGUUUGGGUAGCAAAUAGAGAAAACCCUUUGUCCGACCCAUCUUCUUUAAGCCUCAAGUUCUCAGAAGAUGGUAAUCUAGUUCUGCUUGAAAGUUCAUCCAAAACACCAUUUUGGUCGACAAAUUUGACGUAUACCCUUCCAAACUCCACUGAAGGAGUAAUUCUAGACGAUGGAAAUUUUGUUUUAAGAGAUGGCUCGAACCAUUCCACCAUAUUUUGGGAGAGUUUCGACCAUCCAACCAAUGUAUGGUUGCCAGGUGCGAAGCUUGGGAUCGAUAAGAUUACUGGAAAAGCGAAGCAGUUUGUUUCAUGGAAAAGUUCAGAAGAUCCUGCACCGGGCAUGUUCUCGUUCGGGUUAGACCCAAGUGGAAGCAGCCAGUUAAUCUUACAGUGGAACAGGUCCCAAGUGUAUUGGAGUACUGGAGUUUGGAAUGAAAAAUCUUUCAGCUUGGCUCCUGAUAUGGUGAUGAAUGAUAUCAACUUCAGUUUUGUGUCAGAUGAAAAUGAAAGCUAUUUUACUUAUUCUGUUGGAACUAAUUAUUCCAGAUAUAUGUUUGUCCUUGAGCCUUCUGGAAAGAUCCAGCUACUGACGUGGUCGGAUGGCCCUUGGAAUUGGACUGUAACUUGGUCUCGACCGGAAAGCCCGUCGGAAGUCUAUGCGUUAUGUGGUAAAUUUGGCGUGUAUCAGGAAAACUUCUCAAACCCCUGUGCAUGUCUAAAAGGUUUUGAAGGAUUUCCGAUUGAAGACAGAGCCCAAGAUGAUUGGUCAGGUGGAUGUGUGAGGAAAUCCCCUUUGCAAUGUGAGAAUGGUACGAAUGCUAAUGGCCAAAAAGAUUGGUUCCUGAAAAUACCGAACGUCAGAUUGCCUAUUAAUCCAAAAGCAUACCCGGCAGCGAAUGCUAAAAGGUGUGAAUUUGCUUGCAUGAAUGUUUGCUCUUGCCCUGCUUAUGCACACAACAGCAGCGGAUGCAUGAUAUGGGAAGGAGGGCUUUUGAACUUACAGCAACUUUCAGAAGGUCGCGAGGCCGGACAAGAUAUCUAUCUCAGGCUUGCUGCUGAUGAGCGUCAAAGUACCAAACGCAACCGCUGGAAAGUAUGGCUUGUAGCCGUGCUGGUCGCUGCAACAGGGAUAAUUAACUUAUGCCUCUGCAUUUAUUUUUCACGCCUGGGAAAGCGCAAAGUCCAAGGAGAGGUCCAAGAGAAGGCUACAAGCAAUGAUCUACUGUUAUUUGAUUUUAAUACUGAACUCGGUGGAAUGAAGGAUGUUGAGUUACCACUAUUCAGUUAUGAGAGUGUAUCAGCUGCGACUAAUAAUUUCUCAACCGAGAAUAAGCUUGGACGAGGAGGUUUUGGACCAGUCUACAAGGGAAAGUUACUUAAUGGGGAGGAAAUUGCAGUGAAAAUGCUUUCAAAAAGAUCAGGACAGGGGCUUGAGGAAUUCAGAAAUGAGGCAACACUAAUUGCAAAACUCCAGCAUACAAAUCUUGUCAGACUCUUGGGUUGCUGUAUGGAGCAAGAUGAAAAGAUAUUGAUAUACGAGUAUAUGCCCAAUAAGAGUCUGGAUUCCUACCUUUUUGAUGCCGAUCCCAUCAAGAAAAAGAUGUUAGAUUGGGGGAUACGCAUGCGCAUUAUUGAAGGGAUUGCUCAGGGGCUUCUUUAUCUUCAUCAAUAUUCAAGGCUACGAAUCAUACAUAGAGAUUUAAAACCUAGUAACAUUCUCUUGGAUGGUGAAAUGAAUCCGAAAAUAUCAGAUUUUGGCAUGGCACGAAUAGUUGGAGAUAAUGCAACACAAGCAGACACAAAUAGGAUCGUUGGAACUUAUGGCUACAUGUCUCCGGAAUAUGCUAUGGAAGGUCGAUACUCGAUAAAGUCUGAUGUGUUUAGCUUUGGAGUAGUGUUACUUGAGAUUGUGAGUGGCAAGAAGAAUAAAGGCUUCAAUAGCAACGAGUCAUUCGGUCUUCUCAUAUAUGCUUGGGAGUUGUGGAGAGAAGAUCGAAGUGUAGAAUUGAUGGAUCUUACAAUUGGUUAUCCUUCUUCAACUUCCAUGAUAAUGAAAUUCAUUAACAUCGGGCUUCUUUGUGUUCAAGAGAAACCAGCCGACCGACCUACCAUGAGUGAUGUAGUCUCAAUGAUAAGCAAUGAACAAACACCUCUACCAGUACCCAAGCAACCUGCUUUUACCAUAGGCGGGAAUUCGAUGGACACAAAUUCAACAACUAGCAGUGCAGAGGAUUGCUCAGUAAACGAUGUAACUGUUUCGAUUAUGGAAGCUCGAUGACUCUUUUCUUUAUAUUUAUUUUAAGACAACUAGGCAUUUUCUUGAAUCACCAUUUGUAUCUAUUUUUUUUGUUUUAUUUGGUGCGAGUAUAAUAAUAUUCCUUGACAUUUUUGCACGGCUAUUAGCACAUUAGUUGAUGUUUGGGAAGUGUAGAAUAAAAAAUUUGAUUU